AAACGGUUUGGAUCUCCCGUCGAUUACACUAUCUGCAGUCACCUUUUGUAUUUUCGUUCUUUUGUUCUCGUGAGACGAAGCUACAAACAAUGGGUCGACCUCCCAGUAAUGGAAGUCCUGCGUUCCGGUUUAACAUGGCUGAGGUAACGGAGAUGGAAGCAAUAUUGUUACAGCAUCAUACAGCAAUGCCAAGUCGACAAGUUCUUGAAGAUAUUGCUGAAAAAUUCAGUGGAUCGGUGGAGCGAAAGGGCAAAAUUAUUGUGCAAUUCAAACAAAUAUGGAACUGGUUCCAAAAUAGGAGGUAUGCUCUAAGAGCAAGGAGGAAUAACGCUCCUGGGAAGCUAAACGUGUCUUCCAUGCCGCGUGGUGUGGAUAUGACCAAUCAGAUGAGAAAUGUGCUUCCACCAUCAGCCGGUCUUAAACCUACUCAUAUCACUGGAAAUCUACCCGUUGCUCCUUCCGUUCCCGGUGUCAUGAGUAGUGGUUCAGACAAAUGUUACAUGGAAUUUGAAGCCAAAUCUGCCAGGGACGGUGCAUGGUAUGAUGUGCAUGAUUUUCUAGAUCAUAGAAACUUGGAGACUGGUGAUCCGGAAGUGGAGGUUCGAUUUGCGGGUUUUGAAGUUGAAGAAGUUGAAUGGAUAAACGUCAAGAAACACGUAAGGCUACGGUCAUUCCCAUGUGAAGCAUCAGAAUGUGUUGUAGUUCUUCCUGGAGAUCUCGUACUUUGCUUCCAGGAAGGCAAAGAUCAAGCUCUCUACUUUGACGCCAAAGUUCUUGAUGCACAAAGAAGAAGACAUGAUAUCAGAGGUUGUCGUUGUAGGUUCUUGGUUCGUUACAGCCACGACCAAAGCGAGGAGAUCGUUCCCUUGAGGAAGAUUUGCAGGCGGCCUGAGACAGAUUACAGGCUACAUCAACUUCACAGUGCUGCCAAUGACUUUGCUAACUCGAAUCACCUCCAGAAACCCGCUCCAGACGCGGCUGCAAUCACCCCUCUUCCACAAUCCGGCGCCUCAGUUCCCAUUGUCCCAACCGAGCUGAAAGAUCGACGCUUGACCUCUGCUUCAGCCACUCCAGUUCAGCCUAGCUCCAAUGCAGCCACAGUCCCCGCUGGUUCUGCAUAGACCAUCAGCUCUAUCCAACAUUUUGUGACCAUAUUCAGUCACUAGCUAGAACUGUAGAGGUUAACUUGGCAAGAACUUUUGUAAAAUUACAGAAUGACCAAGUCAUCUAAAACCGCAUCAUGCCCUUUUAUUUAAUACACUUCAUGUAUGAUGGAAUAGUUAUGGUAAACUCUGUUUAUCAUCAGCUGUUGAUGGAUUUACUCUCUUGAACAAACAAACAUGCUUGCAAUUUGUAAUAUGUGGAUCAAUAUUAUUAAUGUGGUG